GUUCAGUCUGCUCUCUCUCGAUGAGUGCAGAGAUGAGGAGGAGGUUCUAGAGGAGUCACUCCUCCAUGGGCUGGAUCUGGAUGCUGAUGUGCUGCCGAUCAAACUCUCCAACACUAGAACUUUCUCUCAACAACAAAACAUUUACUGAGGCCGAGCGGGUUAACAUGCUUCACCCGUGAGCACCCGACUCUCACUUCCCCUUCAUUUCUAUUUAUUUGUCAGAUUGACUCAACAGGUGACUUCGUGAUGCCGAGCCAGACUCUGCGCCCGCGCCUCUGCGUCCUGGAGAAGAGCGAGAACGGGUACGGCUUCCACCUGCACGGAGAGAAGGGCAAGAGCGGCCAGUUCAUCCGCCUGGUGGAGCCCGACUCCCCCGCCGAGCUGUCCGGUCUGCGCGCGGGCGACAGACUGGUGUUCGUCAACGGAGAGCGCGUGGAGAGCGACAGCCACCGGCAGGUCGUGGAGAGGAUACGCGCGAGCGCCGCGAGCCUGGAGCUUGUAGUGGUGGACGCCGAAACCGACCAGCUGCUGAAGAAACACGAGCUCAAGUGCUUGAAGGAGUUUGUCACGGAGGGCAUCCCGGUGCCCGAGUGCGGUGAUGAUGAUGAGAUCAGCGACGAGAUGAUGCGGGACGACACGCCGCCGCCGCCGCCGCCGCCGCCGCCGCCACCGGAGAGGAACCGAGACAUCAUCCCCGUUCACAUUCCCGCGGUGGAGAAACUCAGGACAUCCGUGAGCUCGGAGACGGACCUGAAGACCCAGCUCAGGCCCCGGCUAUGUGUCAUCGAGAAAGGCCCCAAUGGCUUCGGCUUUAACCUGCACAGUGAGAAGUCCAGACCCGGCCAGUACAUCAGCGCUAUAGAUGACGACUCUCCAGCACAGAGAUCCGGCCUGAGGCCCAAAGACAGGAUCAUACAGGUCAGCGGGGUUUCGGUGGAGGGGAAGCAGCACGCUGAGGUGGUGGCCGCUAUUAAAGCCGGGGGUGACAGCACGACACUCUUGGUCGUAGAUCCAGACACCGAUGCGUUCUUCAAGAAGUGUCGAGUGACGCCCACUGCAGAACACCUCACAGGAGCGCUGCCUGAACCUGUGGUCAACGGAGACAUGGAGGACAAGGUUAACGGAAAUGUGGCCAAAGAGGUGGAGCUGAAGGACUCGAAGAUAUCAAUCAGUCCGUCUCCAUCCAACGCAUCCUCCACCGCCUCCCUCACGACUCCGCCCACUGGGACUCCGCCCCCUGAGACUCUGGAGCCGUCCAUCAUAGCUGCCAUCCCAGAGCUCAAUCUGUCCCUGCAGCAGGUGAAAGAGCGCGCCCACCAGAAACGCUCCAGUAAGAGAGCUCCCCCCAUGGACUGGAACAAGAAAAAUGAACUCUUCAGUAACCUAUAGACCUCCGAUCAUCCAUCCGUCAGCUCUGUUUAAGACUUGAUAAAACAGAGCAGAUCUUAGAAUGAAGUUAAAGUCAUCAAUGAAGUAGGCUCACUAUGAAGUAUGCACAGUGUGUAUAUGUACACACAGAUUUAUAUCUAUAUGAAUUAUGUAUAUGAAUUACUAACAGAUUAUAUUAGGCUGCAUCUGCUGUGGGGAAAAUGCAAUGUAACAUUCUACAACUGUGAUGUAUUACAAUCAUUGGCUGUGUUCAGAAUGGAGUACUAACUUACUGUAAUAUUACUGCUCCCUGUAUAGAGUCGAGUGAAACACAAGCAGGAAUGCUGUUGUGCACACAGUGCUAUGUUAUACUGUCGUCACAUAAAAAUUACUUUGCAUGUUUAAUUUAAUGAGCAGCAUAUCAGUUAUCAUCAAAUUAAUUCAGUUUUGUGUAAAUAUGUUAUGGUUUUUUUUGGGGGUUUUUUUUGUAGGGUUUGGCAGUUUGAUUAAACAGCAGGUAAAAGCUCGUGCCUGUAGUUUCAGUUCAUUCAAAAUGGAAAGCCAAGUCACACUGCAUUGUGGGAUACAUUACUUCAGCAUCUUAACAAACUGUGUACAAUAUACAUUACAUAGUAAUAUUAUGUUAGUAUGCUAUUGCCUAUUCUGAACAGAGCCAUGUGACAGAUCCUAAUCGAGCAUAUGUUUGUCAUUGAGCAGAUUUGAUUCUGCUGUGUUUGUGCGUUCAAGGAGUUUUGUUUCUAGCUGGAUUUCUGACUGAUUUUGUGUAAGCAGCUCUCAGUCUUAUUUCUUGACCACUUCUGUUGGGAAUCGUUUCAUUGUUUUAUAAUGAAGGACCACAUGAAGAGUGGAUAGAAGUGAAUCCUGAACUCCUGACUAUCAGCCAAUGAGUGUGUUUGAUGAUUUUAAAUGACUGAACGUCUGUAGAAAUCACACUUUCUGUUAUAAACAGAUAGAGUGGUGCCCAAAAUUCUGAGAUUUCCACACUGAAAUCUAAUCCACAAUCAAUAUCUGGUUUUCUUUGACACCUGCUAUAUAUUUUUUUCUAUGCAGUGAGUUGAGCACUUAAGUUUUGACAUGGCUUCCAUAAUCUGCACUUCUGAUCACUGCAGUGUCAUGUCCUACUGUAUAUGUGUGCACAAGUGAAUGUUAUUUCUAUAUGUAACAACACAGAUUUUUAUUUUUUUUCACUUUUUGCAGUUAUUGCAAAACCACUGCAUUUCUGCAAUGCUUUAUACAUAUAAUGUUAAAUGGUCACAAAUGAUUCCAUGAAGUCAAAGUCCUCUUUCUUGCCACUGUAUUCGAUGGAUGACAUAACACGGCUUUAUCCACCCUUUCCUGCCAUAAUUAGCGUCUCUUCUCCAAAGUUGGUUCUAAGUGUCUUCUGGAUGAGGUCUUUCAGCUCCUUUAGUUUCAUCUCACUCACUUAAUUUUUUUUCUAUAUCACCUGUUUGCUGCUCGUUCAACACAGGAACAUCUGCAUCCAGCUUCACUUCUACAAUGAACUGGGCAUCCACAUCGUCUUUACAGUAGCUCCCAUUUUUCCAUCAUCAUUAGCUUCCUAACACUAGCUGUCUCUGGGUUCCUCUUCAGACAGUAUUGUGCACAUCCUAAAAACAUUGUUGGCAAGCUGGGAGAAUUGGCAUUUUGCUGCUGUUCUGUUGACUUUAAGGAUACAGCUAAAGUUAUGCUUUUCACUUCUUUAUACUACAGCAAAUAAGAUAUUUUAAAUCACUGUGUAACUAAACCUUACAAAUAAAUACAAUCACUACUAAAAA